AUGCGAUCUAGAUGUACUGACACAUUGUCUUCUAGCUUACGAGCGCGGUCGCCUUUCGUUUGCCGAGCAUGUCUCCGCCAGAACUCGCAGAAAGGCCAAUCGCUGCCACUCAUAACCUAUACCUCUAGACGCACGCUUCAAACUGAGGUGGCUCCGAAAGUCGUCCCCUUCAGGAAGCAGCUCAAAGACGAAGCUAAGAAGAAACGCCUCGAAAGUGUUCCUAAGUCUUCCAAGAAAGCUAAGGGAAGCGAUCCGAAGCUCGAGAAAUGGGAGUUGACAGUUGGCAUUGAGAUACACGCCGAGCUCAACACCGCAAAGAAGCUCUUCUCGAGCGCGGCCACCUCGAGCAAUGAUGCGCCAAAUACACACGUAGCAUUGUUCGAUGUCGCGUUCCCUGGAAGCCAGCCUCACUUUCAGAGAGGGACGCUGUUGCCAGCGCUGCGCGCAGCUAUUGCCCUCAAUUGCGAUAUACAGCGGAAGAGCACGUUCGAUAGGAAGCACUACUUCUACCAGGACCAACCAGCAGGCUAUCAAAUAACACAAUACUACGAACCCUUCGCGAAAGACGGCCACCUAACCCUCCACUCGCACGACGGCAUCGACCCCUCAGACCACCCCUCCAUAAGAAUCGGCAUAAAACAAAUCCAGAUGGAGCAAGACACCGCCAAGACCCUCCAGCAACCCCCUUCCACCCACCUCCUCGACUUCAAUCGCGUCUCGCACCCCCUAAUCGAGAUAAUCACCCUCCCUCACAUCCACCACCCCGCCACCGCCGCCGCCUGUGUGCGUAAAAUCCAGUCGAUCCUUGGCUCUGUCAACGCCGUGACCGCAGGCAUGGAAAUGGGGGGGUUGCGCGCGGAUGUCAAUGUCUCGGUGCGUGAGCGGCAUCGCGCUGAUGACGCGAGAGCGGGGCACUCGUACUAUGGUGUCAGGGGCCUGGGGCAAAGGACCGAGAUCAAGAACCUCAGCAGCUUCAAAGCCGUCGAGGACGCCGUGAUCGCGGAGCGGGAUCGGCAGAUCGAGGUGCUAGAGGCUGGCGGGGUGAUCGAGGGUGAGACAAGGGGGUGGACGCUUGGGAGUACGCAGACAAGGAAGCUGAGGGGGAAGGAGGGCGAGGUUGAUUAUCGGUAUAUGCCGGAUCCGGAUUUGGGGGCUGUGGUUGUGGGUGAGGAUUUAUUACAUCAUCUCAGAAACACGCUUCCGAUGCUGCCUGAUGAGACUGCUGAGACGCUGGUUGAUGAUCCGGGGUACGGGCUAACGAUGAAGGACGCGAAGACCCUUGUCACGCUCGAUGAUGGCGAUCGGCUGGAUUACUAUUUGGAUGUCGUUCAGAUGCUGCGGCAGCACAUGCCAGAAGACUUACAGUCAUCGAGCAAGAUCGGGAAGGUUGCAGCUAACUGGGUCUUGCACGAGCUGGGUGGCCUCCUAGCAACCGCAGGGCAGCCCUGGACAGCCAACACCGUCUCCUCAACCGCACUCGCCUCAAUCCUAGCGCAUCUCCUCCAGCGCCAGAUCACGGGACGUACAGCAAAGCAGCUCCUCUCAACAACCUUCUACGGUGACACCCGUUCCGUGCAAGAGACCAUCGCUGAGGAGAACCUGCUGCUUCGACCCAUGGCACGGGAGGAGUACGAGGCUCUUGCGCGGGAACUGAUAGACGCGAACCAGGACAUGGUGAAGGCGAUCAAGGAGAAAGGACAGAGAGGGAAGGUCAUGUGGUUCGUAGGGCAGAUGGUGCGGAAUGGGGAGGAGGGAAGGGUGGAGGCGGAGCGGGCGGAGGAGGUUGUGAGGGAGAUGCUGGAUGUCAAAGCGUAG